AGGGGAUAAGGCGUGGAGCCGGACGCGGGCGGGGUCGUUCUCACUCAGACGCUGAGGCCCCGUUAUCCGGAGGCGGCGGCACCGCCCGGGCUCCCGGAGAGGGCGCGCCCACUGGCCAGAGAGCCAAUCAGAGCACGGGAGGCUUGGAGGCCACCGCCCAGCGACCACUCAGGCGCGGGCCGCACGCGCUGCCUGCUCUUCCACUGGCCGAGCUUCUGCCCAUCAGGGCGGAACCAGCGCGGUCUCGGCCAAUAGCGGGAGGCGGCCGGGUCAGGCCAGCGGCCUGGCGCGAGCCGGUCGGCUGUGGGGGAGCCACCGCCUCCCGCCUGCGCGCUGCCUCUCGGCCCCCUCAGGCCCGCCCGCAGCCGGCCGCGUCAUGCCAGGCGCUGCUCAGCGGUAGGGAGUGCCCGGGGCUACAGCCGCCGCCCUCCCGCCCGAAGCCGCGCCCACUGCCCAGAGCCAGAGGGAUGGUGGUAGUCACGGGGCGGGAGCCAGACAGCCGUCGUCAGGACGGUGCCAUGUCCAGCUCCGACGCCGAAGACGACUUUCUGGAGCCGGCCACGCCGACGGCCACGCAGGCGGGGCAUGCGCUGCCCCUGCUGCCCCAGGAGUUUCCUGAGGUUGUCCCCCUUAACAUCGGAGGGGCUUACUUCACUACACGCCUGUCCACACUGCGACGCUACGAAGACACCAUGUUGGCAGCCAUGUUCAGUGGACGGCACUACAUCCCCACGGACUCCGAGGGCCGGUAUUUCAUCGACCGAGAUGGCACACACUUUGGAGAUGUGCUGAAUUUUCUGCGCUCAGGGGACCUGCCACCCAGGGAGCGUGUUCGGGCUGUGUACAAAGAAGCCCAGUACUAUGCUGUUGGGCCCCUCCUGGAGCAGCUGGAGAACAUGCAGCCUCUGAAGGGCGAGAAAGUGCGCCAGGCGUUUCUGGGACUCAUGCCCUAUUACAAAGACCACUUGGAACGGAUUGUGGAGAUUGCCCGGCUGCGUGCAGUCCAGCGGAAGGCCCGCUUUGCCAAGCUCAAGGUCUGUGUCUUCAAGGAGGAGAUGCCCAUCACCCCCUAUGAGUGUCCGCUCCUCAACUCCCUGCGCUUUGAGCGGAGUGAGAGUGACGGGCAGCUCUUUGAGCACCACUGUGAAGUGGACGUGUCUUUUGGACCCUGGGAGGCUGUGGCUGAUGUUUAUGACCUGCUGCACUGCCUGGUCACGGACCUCUCGGCCCAGGGCCUCACCGUAGACCACCAGUGCAUCGGGGUGUGUGACAAGCACCUCGUGAACCACUACUACUGCAAGCGCCCCAUCUAUGAGUUCAAGAUCACAUGGUGGUGAGCAGUCCUGGUAGGCAAGCGUCCCAUCAGGGAGGAUGUCCACCCUGCUUGAUGGCGCUGGGAGCAAGAUCCCCGAAGGGGCUGCUGACUGCCCCAGAAUCUGCCGAGGUGAGGACCGAGUCCUGAGGCACAGCUCCCAGGGGACAGAGGUGCAGCUCCAGUCUCCCUGGCUGCACCUCAGGGUUGGGCUCAGGGCUUGCAGCCUGCAGGGACUCGGGCCUGCACUCACCUGGCCUUUCCUCAAGGCCUGGUAGUCUUUCCUUGAGGCUGACGGCUAUGGCUUGACCAGGAAGUCUUGAGAGGUUUUGUCAACUUCGUGACCUUACAAGAGAGUUCCUGCCCAUUUUAGAGCCACGUUACCAAAUCGAUGUAGGCCUGAUCACUUUCUCAACCCUGUUGAAGCGUGUUGGUGUGAACAUGGAACAUGAUGGGGGAUUUACCUGACUAGCCACCCCAUAGCCCCUGGCUGGAGAAGAGCGUCUUCUCUCCCAGUGCAACCCUUCUCCUCCAGCAAUAGUCCCCCACAUUCUUAAAAUGAGGAAAGACUUUUGUUUCUGGAACAUGUUCUUCCCCACCUUCUGGAGAUUUCAUCGCAGCUGCCAAAGCUGUGCACAGAGUUGGCCUUAGACAACCACAACGUUUACAGCCCCGUCUGUGCACUGAGUUGCCCUUAGACAACCACAACGUUUACAGCUCCGUCUUAGGGCCACAGCUUCUCCCAGCUUCCGCCACCUUCCUUGCUUGCCGGGUCAUCCUCUCACAGGGCUGGAAUGCAAAUUUCAAAGGCUUCGUUUGAAGAUUCCCUAAGUCAAGCAGGCAAGAUGCCUAGAUCUUCUGCUACCUUUGACAUGUAACAUCCUUUUUAGAGGCUCAGAACACCUCCUUGGCUGCUGUCUCAUUUGUUAGAAUCCAAUUUGUGGAGAACCUCUUUGGAAGGGGACCCCCUCUUUAAACCCUGUUGCUUUCCUGCUAACAUUCUCCUAGAAGAGUGUCUAUUCUGAGAAGGUAACGGAAGGGCUAGAUGAGAGGCACAGCUAUCCUAGGAGCUGUAGGAAGACAGAGAAAGCUUCCCUUUUGUUUUACUCCUCACAUUUCAGAAAUAGAAAAAGAUUCCCAAGGAUCUGUUACUACUGCAUUUCCUUCUUGCUCUGUCUACAUCGUGGGUCAACAAGUCAGGGUCUGGACAUGCAUCUCCUAAAGGAAGAGCUAUACAGCACCACUGAUCACAACAUUUCCGUGCUGCGUCAAGGGUGUCGCUCUGUGAUAUCUCUUCUUCCUGGGUAUUCUUGAAGGGAGACUUUUUAAAAAAAAAAAAAAAAGUAAAGAAUUAUGUGAGCCAGGCAAAUGCCUUUAGUUCCAGCUACUCAGGAUGCUGAGGCAGGAGGAUCACUUGAGCCCAGGAGAUUAAGACUAUAGUCACUAUGAUCAUGCCUAUGACUAGUCACUUUGCUCCAGCCUGGGCAACAUAGUGAGACCCAAUCAAAAAAAAAAAAAGACCAGGUGUGGUGGCUCACACCUGUAAUCCCAGCACUUUGGGAGAAGAAGGUGGGCAGAUAACGAAGUCAGGAGGUUGAGACCAUCCUGGCCAACAUGGUGAAACACAGUCUUUACUAAAAACACAAAAAAUUAGCCAGGCAUGGUGGCGCGUACCUGUAGACCCAGCUACUCAGGAGGCUGAGGCAGGGGAAUCACUUGAACCCAGGAGGUGGAGGUUGCAGUGAGCUGAGAUUGCGCCAGUGCACUCUAGUCUGGCAAUAGAGCAAGAUUCUGUCUCAAAAAGAAAAAAACCAAACAAUAACAAAAAACACAAACUGAGGAGGACAGCCUCACUGGUCUCAGACUUAUAGGAGCAGAAUAUAUGAGAUGGGCAUAUGGAGAGCUAAAGUCUGUGUCCAUAUGAGGAAGACAAGGUCAAGCCCUGGGACUUUGACUGAAUUCCUCUAUGGGGCUGGAAUGCAGUGACCUUCUGUUCCCUGUGUGGAAACAGAUUCCAGGGCAUGGUUUUGCAUUCCUGUUGUACUUUCUUUUUUUAAAAAAAAAAGGUGGAGUCUUGCCCUGUUGCCUAGGCUGAAGUACAAUGGCACGAUCUCAGCUCACUGCAACCUCUGCCUCCCAGGUUCAAGCAAUUCUCCUGCCUCAGCCUCCUGAGUAGCUGGGAUUACAGAGGCGCACCACCACACAUGGCUAAUUUUUUGUAUCUUCAGUAGAGAUGAGGUUUCACCAUGUUGGCCAGGCUGGUCUUGAACUCCUGACCUUGUGAUCCGCCCACCUCAGUCUCCCAGAGUGCUGGGAUUACAGGCAUGAGCCACCACUCCCGGCCCCCGUUGUACUCUUUUAGAGGUGGAACAGAGGUGGAUACUGAGCUCUAAGGGGAAAGGAUAUUCAUGUUCUGAGAUCUGUGUUCUCUCCAUUGUUCUCAUACAGAAAAGGAUGGUCUCUUUUCUGGAGCUGAUGUCUCUGCUUAGCCCAAAAACAUGCCUCUUGCCUUGUUCUAAGAGAAAGGUCUUUCAUUUCUGUUCUUCUGAUUGGUGUUACCUACUGCCUAUUAUGUGCUCAUUUUUUUUUUAACAGAUAAAGAGGUGAGAAAGUCUGUGAAUAGAGAACAGUUCAUUAAGGCCAGUGCUUUCAGCAAUCUGGCCUUGACCCCUUCUUCUUCCCCCCUCUGCCAUGGAGCAUCGCAGGGCUUGGUUAUUUAGAGUCCAUGCAUGCAAGCCAGGGAGAAACUUGUUUGCUCAAAUGCACGUUUGCUCGAGAACGGGUCCUGAAGGCUUGCUUAGGGUCACAGGGAUGCUGAGUAAGAGCACCGGUCCUGUGUCACUUGCUGGAGGAACCCGUUUCUCUGACUCCCUGUUGGAUCUUCACAGCAGUGUAUUCUGUGUCAACGUAGGACACAAGGCUCUGGGCCAGUAUAGUAGGUAGAGAGGUGACACUGGGCAGCAAGCUGAGUGAAGAUUUCUUAAUGGAGUGAAAAUUCAGUGGCCUAGUUUAGCUAUUCUGAUGAGAAACCAAGGCCAGGUUGAAAAGUACAGUUAGAUGUGGUGGGUUCUGGUAAUGGCCUCCAAAUAAAGGGGUUAGCCCUGUGGAAAUGACUUCUACCCAUUUGAUCCCUUUUCAACUCUAAAUGGCCAGGCCCAGAACAGAAGAAGGGUUGGGUCUGGAAGGAAGGCUGCAAAGGAUGAAAGCGUCUCCCUAGUCAGAAGGAAGUGCGUCUUUAUGAAUUGUAAACCGCUCUCACUAGACAAGGGACUGGAUUCAUCUUGCCUGGAGACAGGCCAGUAGUUAUCGGUGAGUCAAACCAAAGUGAAAGUUUCAGGAGUUGGGACCACAUGGUGCGAUGCUCGCCAGAACAAAAUUCCUGAAAGCUGAAAAAGCUAAUGCUACAGCAACAAAAAAGACUGAAGCAAACCACACUGAAACACGUGCACUGCAGGGGAGGCGCUCUGUGCUAACACUGUAAAUAGAUGAAAGGGAAUGACCCUCACCUUCCUUAUCCUACCUUUGCCGUGUGCACCCGGCUGCCCAGUGCUUACCAUGCAGAAAGCAGUCGGCUGUACUCUGCAAGUUUCUGUUCUUCUUUGCUGGGUCUUAGGGUAUUCUGGGAGCUGUCUGAGCCUUGUGCCUCAGGCUUAUUAGGUGACAUACUCUUCCUGUUAUGGGCUGCUUGCUGGACAACUAGAAGUCGACAUUUGUAAGACACAGGGCAGAGUGAGCGUCCAUGUGUGGUCUUGGCCUAAGCCGGGUCCUGAAGAGGUUAAAGCAGACAGCAAUAACAAAACAAAAACUACCCCACUGAGCACUCUGAUCCCAGCAAGAUUUCAAACACUGCCCUUCUGCAUACGUUCCAUCCGUAUUUCAUCCCAAUAAGCAUUAUGAAGCUUUCUUGAGUACUGUUGUGCCGGGGCUCUUGCAUGAAGGUGGUGCCCGUCUCACGAUCCUUCAAAGAGAGAGGCUCUUCAUUCUAAGCUGGAGUGUUGGGAACUGGGGUGGGAGAGGCGCUUGUGGAAUUCUGACAGAAUCCUCAUCUGUGUAUACACAUAUUGAGUGGGGAAGGAUGGGGGUUGGCAAGGGGUGAGGGAGGCGGGAGCAAACAUUGGGUGUGGGAACAGGCAGUCACCUUGAGUGUGGGAGGUCACCUGGGUCCGUUGUCUUCCUUCUGUACGGUGUUGCGUUUAUGUACACAGUAUAACACUUCCUGUGUGAGUUCAUAUACCUGUCUGAGUGCUUUGGUGGAUGGAGCCUCAGUACUCUCCAAGGGCAUUAAAGUCAAGAACUAGAA